GGGCCCAGGGAGUAGCAGCAGGGUGAGAAAGAGGCACACGGACACAUACACAACAACAUACACACACCAAUACACUCUCUCGCAUACUCAGAUUUAACUUACAUUGGGAAACAGAACGAGAGAGAGAGACCGAGAGAGAACGAGAGAGGGGGUCCCUCUUUUCCCUUACCUGUCCUGCCUGCCUGACGGGGGACUGUGAGCCUGGGUUUCUUCUCCCCAACUCUGGCUCUAAACCUUGAGAGCCCAUUUCUGUGCCGCCCCCCCUUCUCCCUCCCUCCCUCCCUCACCCUUCUUGUCCCUGCCUUUGUGCCCUCUUUGUGCGUGCGACGCUGUGACAUUGGUGUUGACGGCGUGACCAUGGCCGCUUCAACCCUUGCGCAUUGUGCCUGCCAUGGAUCAUGCGUGGCGGCUGCCUCUGACGACGCUGUGGUGCUUGAUAGGUUUCAGGGAUUGCGGAAGCCGGCAUUCAUCUCUUCCAGACGGGGCAGUGUGAGUUGGCGUGGGGCGACCAAGCCCAAUUUGAGUUGGGACGGUGCGAGGGUUGAGGUGCCCGUGCGCGCCACUGCCUUGCGGCCUGGGCGGUAUGUGAAGGAGCAAGGCGGAGCCAUCGUUCCUAUCUCACCUGAGGACGGCCGAAUUAAUUUCUUGGAGGAUGAGGUCAAGGUGCGUUCAUUCGAGGAGUUGCCUAAUGAGAGCAGAGGCGGGAUGUGGGUGAAGCCCUCUUUCCAGCGCAAGACGAAAAUUGUGUGCACAAUCGGCCCUACCUCGAACACCAAGGAGAUGAUUUGGAAGCUGGCUGAGGCUGGCAUGAAUGUGGCCCGGCUCAAUAUGUCGCACGGGGAUCACGCCUCGCACAAGAAGGUGAUUGAUCUCGUGCGGGAGUACAACAAGGAAGCGAACGCGAAUGUCAUUGCCCUCAUGCUUGAUACCAAGGGCCCAGAGGUUAGGAGUGGAGACUUGCCACAACCUAUUAUGCUAAAGAAGGGCGAUCCAUUUACCUUCACAAUUAAGCGUGGAGUGGGAACGGAUACGUGUGUGAGCGUGAACUACGAUGACUUCGUGAAUGACGUUGAAAGCGGAGACACCCUGCUUAUCGAUGGAGGCAUGAUGUCGCUAGAGGUAAAGUCGAAGACGCAUGAGGAAGUUCUCUGUGAGGUAGUGGACGGGGGUGAACUGAAGUCUCGUCGUCAUCUCAACGUGCGUGGCAAGAGUGCCACUCUACCCUCCAUUACAGAGAAAGAUUGGGAAGAUAUCAAGUUUGGAGUGGAAAACAAGGUGGACUUUUAUGCCCUAUCCUUUGUCAAGGAUGCUCAGGUGGUGCAUGAACUCAAGUCCUUUCUAAAAGGAAAGUCUGCUGACAUUCACGUUAUCGUGAAGAUUGAAAGCGCUGAUUCAAUCCCCAACCUGCAAUCUAUACUGGAUGCAGCUGAUGGAGUAGGCUUCUUAUUUUUUAUACUUUAUUACUCUGGCUCUGACGGUGGUGUGAUAUUCUUUCUUGAAUCUAUAACUGCUAUGGUUGCUCGAGGAGAUCUUGGAGCUGAGCUGCCAAUUGAGGAAGUGCCCCUUCUGCAGGGAGAAAUUAUAAGGUCAUGCCGAGCCAUGGGAAAGCCAGUGAUCGUGGCUACAAAUAUGCUUGAGAGUAUGAUUACUCACCCCACUCCCACACGAGCAGAGGUUUCAGACAUAGCUAUUGCCGUCCGUGAAGGUGCGGACGCAGUUAUGCUUUCUGGUGAAACCGCUCACGGAAAGUAUCCAUUGAAAGCCGUGCGAGUGAUGCAUACUGUGGCUAUGCGCACGGAGGCAACCAUGCCAGAAGAGGAGGCUCCUUCAAAUCUUGGUCGAGCAUUUAAGACACACAUGAGCGAAAUGUUCGCGUUUCAUGCCACCUUGAUGUCGAACACAUUAGGGACGUCAAUAUGCGUGUUCACACGUUCAGGUUUCAUGGCGCUCUUGCUGAGCCAUUACCGCCCUGCCGGUACCAUCUUUGCUUUCACAAACGACAAGAAGGUGCAGUCAAGAUUGGCACUUUAUCAUGGUGUAAGGACUCUUCACAUCAACUUCACAAAUGACGCUGAGGAAACAUUCGUCUAUGCGCUCAGUAUCUUACAGAAAAAAGGAAUGGUUCAGGAUGGCGAAGAGGUUGCCUUGGUGCAAAGUGGAAGACAGCCCAUUUGGAGAUCAGAGUACACUCAUCACAUUCAAGUGCGCAAAGUUCGAGCAUAAGUCAGCUGCAAGCAACGCUUUGCAUUUCUAAUAUUUGCAAUAGUUAGUCGUUGGAGUCUCAACUGUGCCAUAUAUCCCGCUGUCGUUUCUUCAUUUGAGACGCACUGAUUCUGCUUCUUCAAUGGUGCAUUCUACUUGUAGACCAAGUGUUCGUGGUAUUAUUUUUCGUUCGAGCGCAAUUAUGUUUGAAACCAGAUAACGGAUUGACUUGCGUUCUUAUUGGGGGUUCGACUUACAACUA